AUGCCAGCAUCCGAACCACUUCGCGAUUUCUCCGAACGUGAUUCCCACAUCAAUCUUCCCUCUCCAGAAUCAGACUUCCAUAUUCCCGAUGACGCUGAACAUUUAGCUCUCCCAACGAGGCGGCGAACAGUCAAAAAAGUUGAACGCAUUGAAAGGGAGAUUAACCGUUUGACUCUAACCAGAAAGAUUGAGGAGAUCAUAAGGAAUAUUGACACGAAUCGGGAGACGACCCAAUAUUUUUUGAUUACCAACUUGAGCGAUGCUCUACGUGCCUACCUUCUGAACAAAAAAACCGGCGGAGUGCGACUCACUUUCGAUAAUCACAACAUACUACUCAUAAUCAUGCCUAGCAUGCAGCACGAAUGCUUUAUUGGCGAUUUUUGCGCUUCAUUUGCGGACUCAAUGAGCGUUGCGGGUCUGCCACGUACUGGUGAUCACUGGCGAGGGGCUGGUGCUGCACAGAGGAAAGGUCUUCACUGUGGAAAGGAACCAGAUUUCAGUAUAGUCCCAACGCCACAUUCUCUCUCUACAAUCGUUAGUACUUGGCCAUCCCUUGUCCUUGAAAUCGGGCCCUCUGAAUCAGAGAGUCAUUUUCAUAAGGAUUUCAAAUGGUGGUUCCACAACUCCAACCACAACACUGGACUGGUUUUGCUGUUUAAAGUCCACAGGCAACCCUUUUGGGUGGAUGUUGAACUGUGGUCAGGGGGUCUUGGACUCGACUCACAGUCAGAUAGCCUAGUGCUUAAGCAGUCACUACGGGUCACACGGGAUGAAGUCACACUACUUGAGGGUUCCAGUCCGGAAAUUCAUCUAGACUAA